AAACGACUGUUCAGAGGAAGAAAGGGGAAAGAGAGAGAGAGAGAGAGAGAGAGAAAAAAUGGGGGAGGUAGCUGAUACAUUGACGAAGAAGAGGAAGAAGAAAGGGAGACCAUCUCUAAUUGAAGUCCAGAAGCGAGCUCUGAAGCAGCAGCAACUGCUUCAGAGCAAGCUAGAUGAGUCCAAGGAAGAGGUUAGAUCCGGUUUCGGAAACCCUAAUUCCGCCGCAACCCGAUCCAAUCGCCGGAUUGUUAAUCCCAGCGAAGAGCAUGAAGAAGAAGAAGACGAUGACGAGCGGAGAGAUAAGAAGAAACGUCUUUUGCACGGAUUGAACUCGCACGACGACCGUCGUGAAUCUGAAUUGGACGGCGAUGCUUCUUCCAUCAGCCGCCGGAAAAUCGGCGCCGCCGGAUCUGAUGUUACGGGACAAAAGGGUUCGAAAGCGACAGACAUCCUUCAAAGGGCGUCUCUUGUGGACUCUGGGCCCGUUACACCAUUGCCAGACAAAAAGUUGCUCUUGUUCAUCCUCGAUAGAGUUCAAAAGAAGGAUACUUAUGGAGUGUACUCUGACCCUGUUGAUCCAGAGGAGCUUCCUGAUUAUCAUGAGAUUAUCAAGAAUCCUAUGGAUUUUACCACAUUGCGGGAGAAAUUAGAAGCCGGCGCAUAUGCUACCUUGGAACAAUUUGAGCAAGACGUGUUUUUAAUAUGUACAAACGCAAUGGAAUACAAUUCGUCAGAUACUAUAUAUCAUCGACAGGCACGAGCAAUGCUUGAGCUGGCCAAAAAGGACUUUGCAGAUUUAAGACAAGAAAGUGAUGGAGAAGUAGAACCAGUGUCACAGUCACAACAACAGCCUAAAAUUGUCAAAAGGGGCCGUCCUCCAGGCUCAGGCCUUAAGAAACAUUCUGAGCCAUUUUUAACUGACCGGACUAUUUCUGAGAGUUCAGCUGAUGCCGCAGCAGCGCACACUCCUGGUGGAGACGGCUCUAGAUUAUCCGGUGCUUACAAUCUAAGAAGAACACCUCCUUCCGUUAGAAUCAACCAUUACAGCGAGAACCAAAGUGGCUUGUUGAUUGAUUGGGAGAAGGAGUUCCCACCUUCGGUUGUGAAGGCCGUCAACAAAUACGGGAUGAAGAAUGUGGACGAGAACAGGCGAGAUUCUUACUUCCUGGACAUCUCUCCUUGCUCGCGAGAAGCUUUGGUUUGUACAACUCUUGAGGAUGGUUUGAAACAAUUAACUCCAGUUGGGUUGAAUACUGAAUAUGGUUACGCUAGGAGUCUAGCAAGAUAUGCUGCAAAUCUUGGUCCUGUUGCUUGGAGACUUGCCAGCAAGAGGAUUGAGACAGUGUUACCAAGUGGAACCGAGUUUGGUCCCGGUUGGGUUGGAGAGAAGCCAGAAGCUCCUCAGCAGCAAAAGUGUUCGAAUGACUUGGCAUCUGAAAGCAUACAUUCUUCCAAAGAAAGCAAAGGGAGUGCAUCAGCUGCUCGUUUGUUGAAUCAAGCAACCGUGAAGUCAGAACUGCUGAUCAAUCCGGAGAGCAACGGUCUAGUCCGUGGCUGCAGAGGAGUAAACCAGAUGCUGGAAACUGCUGCUUUCUCGCGACAAGGCUUGUCGCCUAACACAAAACCGGAACUAAACCGGUUUCAACCUGAUCUCAACGCUAAGAUCGUCUCACCAAACUCACCGGUCUCUAACCUUCAGGCAGGUUCAUCCCAGCAGCAUCCUGAUUUGGCGCUACAGCUCUAACUUACUAGUCUUGAAAGCUUCUCCUGUAGGAAGAGGGAGGAGGUUUGUGGUUGUGGAUGAAUAUUAUAGGGAAGAAGUCUCUGUACAGAUUGUUGCAACUUCCAGAUUUGUGAUAGGGUAAGAGGAAAACCAAUUUAAGGGAGUACUCAACAAGUUGUAUGAAUGUUAUUUAUACAAAUAUUUUUCUUAAGUUGAUCAAUUCAGAAUAAUGAAUGUGCAUUUUGAGUUUUGAUUUCAGCUUAUGAGAGACGAUUGUAAUAUGAAAGUCUGUAUAAUGUGCCUAUGCUUCGCUU